AUGCAGAGAAGCACGUCUGCCCGCCCCUUUUCUAUCCGUUUAUUUUUUUGUUUGUUUGUUCUUUCUUUCUUUCUUUUUUACUUUCUUUCUUUCUUUCUUUUUUACUUUCUUUCUUUUUUACUUUCUAUAUAUUUUCUUUGUUACAUUUCUUUUGUUAAUUUACGUUUUUCCAUUUUUUUGUUACCUUUCUUUCGGCUGAUUUGUUUCUUUUUCUUUGUCUUCUUGUUUCUUUCUUUCUUUCUUUCUUUUACCAAUAUUAAUACUCACGUGUUCUUUCUUUCUUUCUUUUCUUUCUUUUUUUCUUUCUUUCUUUUUUCUUUUCUUUCUUUUUUUUUUCUUUUCUUUCUUUCUUCUUUCUUUCUUUCUUUUUCUUUUGCCUGUCUGCCUUUCUUUCUCUUUUUUCUCUCUUUUUUCCUUGUUUGCCUCAUUUUUUCUUUCUUUCUUUCUUUCUUUCUUUCUUUCUUUCUUUCUUUCUUUCUGUUUUUUCUGCCUUUCUGCUCUUUCUUUCUCUCUUUUUGCUUUUUUCUUUCUUUCUUUCUUUUCUUUUCUUUUUUUUUCUUUCUUUCUUUUUUGCAUGUCUGCCUUUCUGCUCUUUCUUUCUCUCUUUUUUGCUUGUUUGCCUCUCUUUUUUCUUUCUUUCUUUCUUUCUUUCUUUCUUUCUUUCUUUCUUCUUUUUUGCCUGUCUGCCUUUCUGCUCUUUCUUUCUCUCUUUUUCCUUGUUUGCCUCUCUCUUCUUUCUUUCUUUCUUUCUUUCUUUUUGCCUGUCUGCCUUUCUGCUCUUUCUUUCUCUCUUUUUCCUUGUUUGCCUCUCUCUUCUUUCUUUCUUUCUUUCUUUCUUUCUUUCUUUCUUUCUUUCUUUCUUUCUUUCUUUCUUUUUGCCUGUCUGCCUUUCUGCUCUUUCUUUCUCUCUUUUUCCUUGUUUGCCUCUCUCUUCUUUCUUUCUUUCUUUCUUUUUCUUUUUGCCUGUCUGCCUUUCUUUCUUUCUUUCUCUUUUCCUUUUUUGCCUCUCUCUUCUUUCUUUCUUUCUUUCUUUCUUUCUUUCUUUCUUUCUUUCUUUCUUUCUUUCUGUUUGCCUGUCUGCCUUUCUGCUCUUUCUUUCUCUCUUUUUGCUUGUUUGCCUCUUUCUUUCUUUCUUUCUUUCUUUCUUUCUUUCUUUCUUUCUUUCUUUCUUUCUUUCUUUCUUUUCUUUCUUUUGCCUGUCUGCCUUUCUGUCCUUCUUUCUCUCUUUUUGCUUGUUUGCUCUCUCUUCUUUCUUUUCUUUUUCUUUCUUUUCUUUUGCCUGUCUGCCUUUCUGCUCCUUCUUUCUCUUUUUUGCUUGUUUUGCCUCUCUCUUCUUUCUUUCUUUCUUUUUUUCUUUUUUCUUUUCUUUUUGCCUGUCUGCCUUUCUGCUCUUUCUUUUCUCUCUUUUUUGCUUGUUUGCCUCUCUCUUCUUUUUUUUUCUUUUUUCUUUUUCUUUCUUUCUUUUCUUUCUUUUUCUUUCUUUCUUUCUUUUUUCUUUUUUUUUUUGUGAACUCAUUUCUCUCUCAGAUUUGUCUGUAUUAUUUUACUUUUCUUUCUAUGUUUCUUUCUAAUUUUCUUACUUUCUUUUUCAUGACUUUUUUUUUUUACUUGCUUUCGGCUGUUCGUCUUUAUUUCUUUCAAUUUUUUUCCCGCCUUCUUUUCCUUUCAUUUUUCGUUUUUGGUCUAAUCUCAUUUAUCUUUUGGCAACUUUUCCGCAUUUUCACUCCACCACCUUUUCUUUUCUACUUCUUUUCUGUUUUCUCUUUAUGCAUAUGGAUUUUUUCUUCUUUUGUUUCCUCAUCUUCCCCUUCCUCUUUUCUUUCUUCCCUAUCUUUUAUCUCCCUUUUUCAUUAUUAUUAUUAUUAUUAUUAUUAUUAUUGUUGUUGUUGUUAUUUUCUUCUUUUUCUAUUUUUUAUCUUUUUUUCCCCCUAUCAUUUCCUUCUUCCCCCUUAUUUCCUAUCUUUUCAUCAUCAGUAUUUCUCUUUCUUUUUUCAUUCAUAUUCUUUCUUCUCUCUCUAUAAUCGCUUACUCCUCUUUUCAUCUUUUUCUACCUCUUUUCUUUUCUUACCCUUUCUUAUUCAACUCCUUUUCUUUUUUUGA